GCGGGCGGCCGGGGUCCUCCGGGGGUUAGCGCGGGGUGGGCGCGCUGCAGGCCGCCAUUUCUUGGCGUCUCCCGCGGGGCCACCCCCUCCUCUCUUCGUCCGCACUCUCCGCCUUGGUCGCUGGCGCCCCGGCGUCCCCAGCCCAGGUAGUCUCAUGAAUACCACUUACGAUCAAAAGUACCCAACUCUUUGGCAACAGUUUGUCAAUAUUUUAAACUAAAAUCAAGCUUUUUUUGUGACAAAAAUGCUGAGCUUCUUCCGUAGAACACUGGGACGUCGGUCAAUGCGUAAACAUGCAGAGAAGGAACGACUCCGAGAGGCACAGCGAGCUGCCACACAUAUUCCUGCAGCUGGAGAUUCUAAGUCCAUCAUCACGUGUCGAGUGUCCCUUCUGGAUGGUACUGAUGUUAGUGUGGACUUGCCGAAAAAAGCCAAAGGACAAGAGUUGUUUGAUCAGAUUAUGUACCACCUGGAUCUUAUUGAAAGCGACUAUUUUGGUCUGAGAUUUAUGGAUUCAGCACAAGUAGCACAUUGGUUGGAUGGUACAAAAAGCAUCAAAAAGCAAGUAAAAAUUGGUUCACCCUAUUGUCUGCAUCUUCGAGUUAAGUUUUAUUCUUCAGAACCAAAUAAUCUUCGUGAAGAGCUAACCCGGUAUUUAUUUGUUCUUCAGUUAAAACAAGAUAUUCUCAGUGGAAAAUUAGAAUGUCCCUUUGAUACAGCAGUGCAGCUGGCAGCUUAUAAUCUGCAGGCUGAACUUGGUGACUAUGAUCUUGCCGAGCAUAGUCCUGAACUUGUCUCUGAGUUCAGGUUUGUGCCCAUCCAGACUGAAGAGAUGGAACUGGCUAUUUUUGAGAAGUGGAAGGAGUACAGAGGUCAGACACCAGCACAAGCUGAAACCAAUUAUCUGAAUAAAGCCAAAUGGCUAGAAAUGUAUGGGGUUGACAUGCAUGUGGUCAAGGCUAGAGAUGGGAAUGACUAUAGUUUGGGACUAACUCCAACAGGAGUCCUUGUUUUUGAAGGAGAGACCAAAAUUGGUUUAUUUUUUUGGCCUAAGAUAACCAGAUUGGAUUUCAAGAAGAACAGAUUAACCCUGGUGGUUGUAGAAGAUGAUGAUCAGGGCAAAGAACAGGAGCAUACAUUUGUCUUUAGACUGGAUCAUCCAAAAGCUUGCAAACAUUUGUGGAAAUGUGCUGUGGAGCAUCAUGCCUUCUUCCGCCUUCGAGGCCCUGUCCAAAAGAGUUCUCAUCGAUCGGGAUUUAUUCGACUAGGAUCACGAUUUAGAUACAGUGGGAAAACUGAGUAUCAGACCACAAAAACCAAUAAAGCAAGAAGAUCAACAUCCUUUGAAAGAAGGCCCAGCAAACGAUAUUCUCGACGAACUCUACAAAUGAAAGCAAGUACAACAAAACCUGAAGAACUCAGUGUUCACAGUAAUGUCUCAACCCAGAGUAAUGGCUCUCAACAGGCUUGGGGUGUGAGAUCUACUCUGCCUGUGAUUCCUUCUGUAUCCUCUGGUCCUGUGCUGGUGGAGAUAGAGAAUCUUCCACAGAGUCCUGGAACAGACCAGCAUGACAGGAAAUGCUUGCCUUUGAAUAUUGAUUUGCUAGAUAGCCCAGACUUAUUGGAAAGAACCAUUGGUGAUGUAAUUGGAGCAUCUGACACUCUGGAAGCAUCCCAAGCACUAGAUGAAAUUAAUGUAGCCACCAGGCAAACUGGUGUAGAGGAACCUGAAGUUGAAUAUGAGACAUUGAAAGAUGCCUCAGAGAAGCUCAAACAGCUUGAGAUGGAGAACAGUUCUUUGCUGUCCCCUCGAUCCAACAUCGAUGUUAACGUCAACAGCCAGGAGGAGGUGGUAAAGUUGACUGAAAAAUGUCUUAAUAAUGCCAUUGAGAGCCCAGGAUUGAAUGCCAUGAGAGUCCCUCCUGACUUCAAGAGUAACAUUUUGAAGGCUCAAGUAGAAGCAGUACAUAAGAUUACGAGAGAAAAUUUAAGUCAUAAAAAUGCCAGUGUUCAGGAUGCUGCCACAAACAGGGAGAAUAAUGUGCCCCUCUCCAGAGAGUCUCUUGCUCCGACACAUACCACAUCUGCAGACAGUGGUUCUGUACUAAAGGAAGCUACAGAUGAAUUGGAUGCUUUGCUCGCAUCUCUAACUGAGAAUCUAAUUGACCACACUGUCACUCCUCAGGUGUCUUCAACAUCCACGAUUACACCCCGGUGGAUUGUUCCACAGAGUGGAGCCAUUUCUAAUGGACUUGCAGGAUAUGAAACGCUCCUGGCGGGGAAGGAGGGACACGGUAAUAAAGAUGGAAUCUCGCUGAUCUCUCCGCCAGCGCCAUUCUUGGUAGAUGCUGUGACCAGCUCUGUUCCCACUUUGGCCGAAGAAGCCGCCUUGAAGCAGAAGUGUUUACUGACAACUGAGCUAUAGGGCUGCCCUCCCCACCUGUAACUGGAAUGCCCAGCACUCUCCAGCAGUCCAACCUGGGAUCCACUUCAGCUGGAAUGUGUUGGAUUCGGGAGUUUGUCCUUCACUUGUAGGUGAAAAAGCUCUUCCUAGAUUUGACUUAAACUCCAUGGAGAAAAAGCUGCAUUUUCCGUCCAACUGGAAGAGUUUAAUCACAUUUCAUAUCUUCCCAAAUGAGGGUAUCUGGUCUUUAACUUUCUAUAAUUGUAUUAAAGUUACAAAUUCCUGAAACAAGGGAAUGCCUUUCCCUCAGAUUUCCUUCAAACUCUUGGCCCCACCUAGUGGUUGUAACUGUUCCUAACAACUUCAUAACAAGCCGCCUCUGGUGGUGAGCGGUGUUUAUAGUGCUGUUUCCCUCUCUAGUGUCAGGGUGAGCAUCCUUGAUCUGAGUGCCUGUUACAGGAGUCACACUUCCUCAUACAUUACCUGGAAAUCAGGAAUUUAGGAAAGUAAUAUGGAUACUACUGUAGGUACAUUUAGGGACAGCUUUUUUACAAUUAUUAUAGUACUAAAAACAAGUUUAGAAUACAGAGGGUUUUUAAAUGUCUCCCAUACUUUUUAUGUCUUACUAGACUGGCUAUCUUGAUAUUCCAAAUUUAUAUUAAGAUAAACCUUGAGAAGAACUACAGAGAAAUCAAUUGCCUAUCACUUUUUUUUUUCAGCCUGCCUUUCCACAGGAAGCACUCACAUGUGCACCGUGCACCUACUCUGUAAUCUUUUGGUCUGGAAGGGGGUGGAUCACUGUUCAAGAGACCUGAAGCAUUUACUCCAGGCAUCUGCACUCCUUCCUGAGCAGCUGGGUAGGCAGGCCAUUGCAGACUCAGGUAACAAAGGCCUGGCAGUCCUCCACAUAGGGCCCAUUUGGACAUAGGUUUCAUCUCCUUUCAAUAUAAGCUAAAUUAAUUUAGAGCUUGCAAACUGGAAAAAAAAUGAUACAAAACAAAAACACCAGGACAGAGAUAGGGAAGAGGAGUGGGGGUGAAGGGAUUUUUCUUGAAUACCUACCAUAUAUGAAAGUAUAUAUAGUAUGCUGAAAUAACUUGCAUUAAGAACUUUGUGUUAGUUUAAAAGAGUUCUGUAGAAUUUCCCCAUCCCUUUUAGUCUGUACAAAAAAAAUUCUGAAUGUUAAAGUGGUACAUAUUCAUCAUAGAAAAAUAGAGAAAAGUAUAAAAAUAUCCACCUAUAAUUCCAAUACCCAGAAAUAAUGAUUUAGCUUAAAACUUUAAAAUGAAUAAGGUCAGUCAAGUGCUAUGGGGAAUGAGGAUAAUCUGGAAACCACGUUGGUAAAGUCAUUGAUGAUCUUUGUUAUCCAGGACUGAUGUUAAGCUAUACGUCCUGGAAUUUGGUUUUUAGUUUUCUGACCCGUGAUAGGUAUGUACCUGAGCAUUAAUUUGUACUGCUCAGCGUAACAGAACUUCAAGUUUUAUGAUCUUUAAAACCCUAUGGUUUGGAUCAUCCUGGGCUCCCUAUAGCAUAAUCUUGUGCUCAAACACACACUAGUGUCUGACAGGAAAGCUCAGGAAUUUUAACCUUGCACUGUUUCCCAGGGAGCUCUAGAGAUUGGAAACCACUUUUGCACAAAAUGUUUUUGCUAAAGGAUAGAAAGUUGACACUUCUUGCUGGCUGCCUCCCCUUAGCCACUGUGCUAAGCUUGUGAAUUUCAUUGGUGGAGUUCUUGCCAAUUCUUAAUUGUAGAACACAUUUUUCUCACAAUUGCAAGUGACACCUAAAACCAGGGACUUGAGCCAGAACAUGUUGGACUGGGCAUCACAUUUCAGUGUCUUGAUAACCCUAGGUGUCCUGCAAGAUUAAAGUUGUGCUGCCAACCACGGAGCAGCUAAGGCAUUAUGGUUUGGAAGGCCUAAAUUUCUCAUCCAAUUUAGGAGGUAGCAUCAUCCUUAUUUUACAUUUUCUCAAAUUUAGGAAUUAAGCAAUUGAAAAUAAUCUAUAACCUUUAUAUCUUCAGAUACCUAUAUUCUUACCACCCAGAAAUUGAUGACUUUGUUAAAAUUCAUUUGAAUCUCAAGCUAAAAGUAAAUUUUGUCCCAUCUUAUCCUGACAUGAAGUGGUAAGCAUAGAAAUUAACACUUGAAUGCUGAAUUAGCCCUGCCGGAUUAGACACACAUCACAUGUAAGUUUCAUGUGGUACCUGCUGCUGGUGCCAUGCCCAGAGCUGCUGUAACAGCUCGUCCUGUUCUGCUCCCCUGAGAAUGGUGGUGGUGGGGAGAGGCGGGGCUGAGAAAGUCUGUGAACGUGGCAGGUAGGGAGGGGAGAUGUCUGUCUGCGAGAAGAGAGGCAUGUGUGAACUCGUCGAGGAUGCUGGCAGAGAGAGAGGUUGGAGAUGAUGCUGGGUAAGAAGGCAGGCUGGUGACGCUGGGGCAGAAGUGGGAGGGGGCGGCAGGGGCAAUGUAGGCUUCUCCAGUGGUUGCUGUGUGCACUUCCUGGGAGCACUGGCACAGGCUGCCCACCCUGAGGGAGCAGAUGGGAGAGGAACCCCAGAUCAGUCCAUUGUACAGCCCGUGGGGGGGUGGGGGAGUUGGCACGGUGGUUUAGAAUGAGAUGUGAAGGUUUCAGUUAUCUGCCCAAGACUCUGCCUCAGAACUUGUAAAAUAAUUAGUGAUAUUUUAUUUCUAUUUGUCAAUAGCAUCACCUUUGGACACACAGGAGGGACUUGAGGUCAUUUCAUUCCUGCUCUUCAGGAGACACUGCAGGACAGAGGAAUGAUUAGAUUCCUUGUGGGCCCAUUUCCUUAACAUUUUGACAUUGUUUUAAGAAACAAAUUUUAAUAUUUCUCAUAGUCUACUAACUUUUUGUCUCUAGCUUUAUUUGCUUUUACACAAUCACAGGUGUCCCAUGGACAUUUAGAUGAGAGCCCUGAAUUGGUCCUUGGAUCCAGACUACUUGUUCUCUUCUGCUUCUCACUUUGACUAAAAGUUGUACCACUGUCUUCUCUCAGCUAAGCCCCACAUGAAAGUUCUGCUCUUCCUUCAGAACUCCUGCUAGCAAAAUUAUUUGGCAGUCACUUACAUAAAGAAAAAUCUAAGGAAGGGUCUUAAGCGAAGUUCUUGUUUUGUCUUUGAGCGGGGACACAGUGAUCUAGCUGUGUAAAGGACAGAGACAGAGACUGCUGUACCCUUGGCUCUGCUGCGGCAGCACAUGCGGCCGCCCUCCCAUAGUCCUGUUGACAGAGCCGCUGCUGACCCCUGGUUUCAAGGUUUGUAGAGUAACAGAAUGGCUGCCGGGGAUGGUAGGCAGGCAGGUAUUCAGAUGGUUCUGCGUGUUAAUCUGUCACUUGGGGGCACCCAGAACUUUGGGGCAUCGUGUCUCCAUUAAUACAUGUGGUAGCUGGACAAGAUGCAAUUGUAGGUCUCUCAGCUCUGAAAGUCUUUGUGAGCUCUCAGCAGUUUUUGAUUAAUCUUCCUUUGGCCAUUUAGUUGCUCAGAAACCUAGACUCUUCUGCAGGCUGAAUAAUGCAGUUUCUAUAUUAUUUGUCUUUCUUUUUCUGUCAAGUUAAACACUCUGGUUCUUAAGUGAUCAGAAGAAAGUUGAAAACUUUUCGUACGUAUUAGCCCCUGGGAUAAAAAAAUUAGUUUGAAUUAUAGCAGUUUGCCCUGAGCUGAGCUCUGCUGUGUUGCCACGCCUGUAGAGCUGCGAUUCUUCCCCAGUUCUCUAAGGUCGGAUCUGCGAGUCUCAUUCUGUCAUGUUGUUUGAGGUGAUAAUUUAGUCACUCCUCAGGAUUUCUCUUAGCAGAGAGGCUUUUUUGAUAGCACAGAUCCUUUGCUCUUUUUACCUUCAUAUCUGGAUGUGGCAGAUGGUUAUGAGGACCUCACUGACUUUUUUGUGUUUACUUUUUAUGUGUAUAAAGCUUUGCAGUAGCUUUUAAUUUAUUUUCUAUCAAGUGCACUGGUCAUCUGUUGUGUUCCAGUUUUUAUAUGAGUUGUAUUACAAGCACUGCACUGAACUGUGAGUUGUUUGCACACUGAAAUGAGAACUCUAGAUGUGACCCCAUUCAAAUAAAACUUCUGUGAGACA